AUGCUCUGCUUUUACACGAUUGCCAAACACGACAGGGUACAGUUUUCCACACAGACUCCCCCCUCCUCCAACGCAGUAUGCCGCGGCGAGCUGGAUGUUGGUGCACGCCGUGUUGAUUUCUGGGUUCCAGUGCAAGAAAUCACAGAACGCAAUCUUGGCCGAUGUGUCCAUAGCAUUACAGGUUCGAUGGAGGUCCAGUGCUUGUGCUGUUACUCGACGCAACACAAUAACAGUAGUCCAGCCAUAGAUUUGUGCAAUUGGUGUCGAUUUCUAUUAAGGAGACCAAGAAGUCGGGCAACGAAAUGGAGUUGGCGAGAACAACACACUGUUGCAGAUGUCGCCCUGUUUGACUUGACCGCGACGGGGCAGUUGCUGGCAAAGAAUGCGAAUAUAACUAUGGGCAGGUUCCGCCUUGUCGCGCAGUACAAAACUGCUUACUACUCGUUCUACCUCCCCGUCGCUCUCGCGAUGACCCUCACGGGUGUCCCCAAAACAUACGUCUCCCGCUCUGCUGUGUGGUCGCCCGGGACCUUCUAUCCCUACGAGAUCGCCCACUCGAUAACGAUGCCAAUCGGAAUCUACUUCCAUGUCCAAAGCGACUUUCUUGACUGCGUGGGGACCCGGAAGCGCACGGGCAAAGUCGGGAGGUGCUCAUGGUGUGUCAACGCGGCGCUUUCGCUAGCGAACCCGGAGCAGAAGGAGUUGCCGGAGAGCAGCUACGGACGGAAGGACAUCGAGGGGAUGCAGGGCGUGUUUGAAGAGGUGGGCCUGCGCGAGCACUAUCAAGAGUAUGAGGAGAACAUCCACAAGGAGGUGAUGGCGCUGAUUGACAGCGCGAUUCCGGAGGAGGGCAUCGCGAACUUGAAAAGAGAGCUCUUCGUCCGUCUGCUGCGGAAGGCAUCCAAACGGGCUGAGGUCGAGUACUAG